UAUCUUGUAUCCUGUUCAAUAUUAAUAGACACAAAUCUAUUUAUCAUUACCAUUAAUCUAGUAUACAGCUUAAUUUAACUGCCAUGGCUACCAGAUUUGACCCCCCACCUCCCUACACUGGAGAACCAGAGCCUCAAAUCAACGAAUCACUCGAAUCCUGUCCCAACGGCUGUGAUACUGGGGUCCUCACCCACGGACAGCUAAAGGACCAUCUGUUGGACUGCCCCCUACAACUAGUGGAGUGUGAGUUUGCCAGUGCUGGAUGUAACGUGAAGGUUCCUCGAAGAGAUCUGGCGGGUCACAUGACAGAGAGUGUCCAACACCACCUCCUAACAGCCACCCUCCUCAACCUGAGACUCACGAGAGAGCUACAUGACCAAAAAGACAAGCAGAUAUCCGAGCUACAGCAUACGAUUGCUAACAUGGACACUCACUUGAAGCUACUAACUCCAUCAUCUACAAAUGGCUACAUUUGUCACGAUAUCAUUAUGAGUGAUGUCAAGCAAUUCCUAGCCUCAGGAAAUUGGACCAGUGACACCUUCAUGGACCAAUGUGAAGCAAUGGAGUUCAAGCUGGUCAUUGGUAUAAAAAAGCUUAAGAAAGAGUCAAACCUAACAGCAUCGCUAGCUGUUUGUAGAGACAACAAACAAAGAGUCCGCCUCGGUUUUUAUUUUAAAGCCAAUUUGAUCAUAAAGAUUCUCAGUCAUACACAGGAAAGGGAUCCAUUUGUUGUGUCUUGGGGGAGCAUAAAUGGACGACUGCCCUCGUGUGAUAAGCUCCUCCCCCUGGACGAGCUACUUGCCAAGAACACACCGUACAUCAAAGACAAUAGACUACAUUUCCAGCUCUACUUGAAGACUAAAUGAAAACUUGCGCAAUAUGAUAGUAUUUUGUAGCUAGUACACAAACAUUUUGUACUGUAUGAAAAGACACGUAUACGAGCUGAGAGAGCUAGACUAUGUAUAUUAGAUAUGUGUCCAAAUGA